GUCAUUGUCAAGAUAAUAUUCUACUAGGCGGUCGGAUCAACAGUUCCUAUAGUUCACUGUCCACCAGACAUUGGUACCUGCUUAAACUUCCCCGGAAUUUCCAAAAUGGAUCUCCAAGAGACCCGCAGCCCCAAUUCAGGACAAUGGGUUCCACUGAUCAACCAUCAGACGCAUGCCACUAUUCACGCCUCAGGUCGAUCUUCAAGAUGUCAAUUGAUCGUCAAGAUGCGUGAGGCCGCACUGAGCGGAUAUUUACAGACGCCCGAAAAGGAGAACGCAUAUCAACCCGACAAGUCUCCGUCUGGACUAUAA